UUGGCGGCCCAGACGAUAUUACCAAGAAAACCAGAUGGCAUCUGGAGAUUUCUGCGCACCUGGAGAAGGGGUAGAGAUACUACAGCAAGUGUGUGACAAGCAGUUUCCUCCUUGUGCCCUGACUGAAGAGGACCUGAUCCAGAACCCGCAUUUCAGCAAGCUGUUGCUUAGUCUCUCACAGCAUCUGGAUGAAAGUGGCUUAAGCCUCACCCUGGCAAAAGAGCAGGCUCAGGCAUGGAAUGAAGUUCGGCUGCAUAAGACAGCAUGGCUGAGGUACGAAAUCUUACAGAGAGUCAUCCAAGAGCUGCUUGUGGACUACUAUGUGAAGGCACAAGACACAAAUCUAACAUCGGAAGACAAAAAGUUUCAUGAGACCCUUGAACAGCGGCUACUUGUAACUGAACUGACACAACUUUCAAGUCCUGGCCAGGAGAUGGAGAUGCCCUCACUGCUAGGACUUAAGAAGGCCGACCUUCUGGAGCUGAUGCCACCUUCACAGGACUUUGUGUGGAUGAGAGCUCGGCUCCAGCUGGAGGUGGAGGAGCAGCUCAAGAGGAAGUGCUUCACUCUGCUGUGCUACCAUGACCCCAGUUCAGACACUGACGGGGAAACGCUGAAAGCUGCAAAGGUGUGGAGACUAUCGGAGGUCUUGGUGCGAGAGAAGCAGCAGUGUCUGGAGGCCAAGGGCCAGCACAAGGAGCAGCUGGUGCUGCUGGAGAAGAGGAGAGCCACCUACUUCCAGGUGCUCCUCCGCUGCCUCACCUUGCUGCAAAGACUUCUUCAGGAACACCGGCUGAAGACUCAGUCUGAGCUGGACCGCAUCAAUGCCCAGUACCUGGAAAUCAAGUGCAGUGCUAUGAUCCUCAAGAUGAGGAUGGAGGAGCUGAAGAUUUUGUCUGACACGUACAGUGCUGAGAAAGUGGAAGUACACCGUCUCAUUAGGGACCGUUUGGAGGGAGCCAUUCGCCUACAAGAGCAGGACAUGGAGAAGUCAAGACUGGUCCUGAAAAACUAUGAGGUCCUUGGAGAAGACUUUGAGAACCUAGUGAAGGAAUACACCCAGCUCAAACUGGCAGCUGAGAACAAGCGUUGGGCUCUCCAGGAGUUUAGCAAGGCCUAGCCACUAAGUUGAGUGUGGGCAGAGCCAGGAAGCAUGGAUUCUAUAUGGCUACCUUCUCUCCCUGCUCAACAGACUACCUCCACUGUAAGGGAUAUGGGUACAUGUGUUUAAAACACUGCAGUGAUGAUGACAGCCUCCUGGUUUCCUUGUUUACAAUGACUGGUUCUUGUCUGGAAAAUGUAGCUAUCAGAUUUAUAAUAUUUCAUGCAUAUCUGCUUGCAUCAGCCCUGUGUAAUAUUUUCUGAAUAAAGUAGUAAUAUUAUGUCUUAGGAUUUUAGUCAUUUUCCUUGGGCAAUGAUGAAAAAAGAACACUGAAGUGUGUUUGAGUAAGAAUGGCCCCCAUGGGCCAAUAUAUUUGAGUGUUUAGUCACCAGGGAGUGAACUCUGAUAGGAUUAGAAGGAUUAGGAGGUGUGGCCUUGGAGGAAGUUGUCACAGGGGGUUGGCUUGAAGCUUUAAAGCCCAUGCCAGGUCCAGGUUCUUUCUCUGCUUGUGGAUCAGGACAUGUCUCUCAGCUACUGCUCUAGCACCAUGCUUGCCACCAUGAUGUUAGUGGACCAACCCCCAAUUAAAUGCUUUCUUUUAUAAGAGUUACUGUGGUUGUGGUGGCUUCACAGCAAUAGGACAGUGAUCAGGACAGUAGGUAAGGCAGAAAAACUCAGUUGUUCCAAAGAUAGACCUGAACUUCAGUGCUCUCCAAAUAAUGGAAGGUAAAUGUGCCAGACGGCCCUGGAGUCCUAGAGGCUCCAUCCAGGAGAGAGAAAGUGGAUUAAAUCUGGACCUGUCUACACUCUCCAGAGGAGCUGCAGGUGCUCAGGAAGAUUGGAAACUAUUUUGUCACUGUGGCUGGCAGUGGGGCAGUUACAAUGAAGCAGCCAGAUGCAAAUGUUGGCUCUGCAUGAAGCCAUUUCUGUCCCAAACUAAUUGGAGAAAGUUUUAUCCAUAGAAAAAUUAAAGCUAGCUGGUUGGUGGUGGUGUACACCUUUAAUUCCAGCUCUUGGGAGACAGAGGCAGGUGGAUCUCUGUGAGUUCAAGACCAGCCUGGUCUACAGUGAGUUCCAGGACAGCCAAGCCACACACACACACACACACACACACACACACACACACCUGUCUCAAAACAAAACAAAAAAACUAUUCUUAUUUUCUUACGUUUAUGCCUGUUUUGCCUGCAUAUGUGUUUGUGUAUCAUGUACAUACCUGAUGCUGGCAGAGGCCAGAAGUCUGUCUGAUCCCCUGAAACUGGACUUAUAGACAGCUGUGAGUUGCCAUAUGGGUGCUGGAAAUUGAACCCAGGUCCUCUGGAAGAACAGCCAGUGUUCUUCCACUGAGGCAUCUCUUCAGCCCCCUUUUUCCCUUUGCUGUCUCUUUAAUAAACAAUAAACACCUUUAUUAUGUGA